UUGUUACUGUCCUCACACGUACAGCAGUGGUUUUUAUGUGGUUUUAUUUUUCUAAGUAUAAGUCAAUUUCUGAGAAGUACAUCAAAAGUAGAUAAAAAGUAUACUUUCCUAUUUUCUGGUUGUCAAUGCUAUGUUUCCAUCUAAAGAGUCGAAUUAAACUUAUGCGCAAAACAAAUAUUGCAUAAAACACUUGCAAAUGAAGCACCUUUUCUAUUCAACGAGUCAAAGAGAACAAAAGAGUCUCGUCCUGAUAAACCGUGGCACUAAAUAUCAAUAAGAAUAUAGGAUCAAACUAGCCUACUUCCACCUCAGAGAGAGAGAGAGAGAGCGAGCUGAAAGUUUAUCCGACUCAUUUAUGCGUUUUUUCAGAUUUCUGACUGAGCAUGUAUUUAUGCAGCGCUGCGUGUGAAAGUAGAGACUUUUGUUUUGCUUUGUGGAGCAGGAAGUGCCGCGGAGGUUCUCCGGAAGUCUCGUGUUCAGCUAUGGGCGCGUGAAGAUGUUCUGUGUCUUGAGGAAAGUGUGCUGGAGGAGAGCCGGCGCGCGCAGAGGCGUGUGCACGAGACAGCCCGGGCCGCGCGUCCGCUUCGCGCCGAGUCCCACAGGGUUUCUGCAUCUCGGGGGCCUCCGCACAGCGCUCUAUAACUAUCUGUUUGCCAAGCAGCGAGGGGGAGCCUUCAUCCUGCGUCUGGAGGACACUGACCAGAGCCGCCUGGUACCUGGAGCCGCCGACGACAUAGAGGACAUGCUGGAGUGGGCGGGCAUCCCGCCGGAUGAGAGCUGCAAAAGAGGAGGGGAUUAUGGGCCGUAUGUUCAGUCUGAGCGACUGCAGCUUUACUCGCAGGCAGCCUCCGCUCUGCUGCAGACGGGACACGCCUACUACUGCUUCUGCUCCAAUCAGAGGCUGGAUCUGCUGAAGAGAGAGGCGCAGCGCAGCGGACAGGUGCCGCGGUAUGAUAACCGCUGUCGAGAGCUGCCGUCGGAGCAGGCGCAGCAGAAGAAGGCCCAGGGCGCUCCGUGUGCCGUCCGCUUCAAGCUGGACUCCGGAGCAGAGGUGUUCCAGGACCUGGUCUUCGGCUGGACGCGGCACGAUCCGGCAGCAGCGGAGGGAGAUCCGGUGAUCCUGAAGGCGGACGGCUUCCCCACCUAUCACCUGGCCAGCGUGGUGGACGACCACUCUAUGUGCAUCAGUCACGUGCUGCGCGGCUCCGAGUGGCUGAUCUCCACCGUCAAACACCUGCAGCUGUUCCGGGCGCUGCGCUGGACCCCACCGGCUUACGCUCACCUGCCGCUGCUGCUCAACCGUGACGGCACCAAGCUGUCCAAGAGACAGGGAGACAUCUUCGUCCGGCGCUUCCUCGAGCAGGGCGUGCUGCCCGAGACCCUGCUGGACAUAGUCACUCACGCAGGAUCCGGCUUCAGCAGUAAUCGGAUCGGCCGGACUCUGGAUGAAUUAGUUUGUGAGUUUAACAUUUCCACGAUCACGACACACUCGGCCUUACUAGACCUGGACAAACUGGAUGAGUUCAACAGGGUUCAUCUGCAGCACAGGAUCGAGGCUGAGGAGAAGUGCUCUGUGCUGCAGGAUGAGCUGCGGCGGCAGGUUCUUCACACACACGGCUCUCAGAUCAGUGACCAGACCGUCCUGGAGCCUCACUACAUUCAGAGAGUUCUGCAGCUGCGCAAGGGUCACAUCUGCUCGCUGCGGGAGCUCCUCAAUCACACACACACAUACCUGUGGAUCCGACCGAGAGUCACACGGCAGCAGCUGCAGGAAGUGAGCUCAGAGGCAGGGGACAUCGCAGCGGCGGUCAUGCAGCUGGUGGCAUUAAGUGGCUCGUUCCAGUCCACAGAGCAUCUGAACGCUGAGCUCAAACUGAUCGCCAGCAGACUGAAGCACACAAAAUACAGCGGAGCCAUGAGAGUGCUGAGACUCGCUCUGAGCGCACAACAGGUGAGACGCACACACACACACGCACACACACAGAGUCUCUGUAACACUGUGUUCUGUGUUUUUGCAGCAGGGUCCCAGCGUGGCUGAGAUGAUGCUUUCUCUGGGAGAACAGGAAGUGUGUGUUCGUCUUCAGAAAGCUCUGGAGCACUGAUGGGAAACUUGAUCUGUGUUUAUUAAAGUGGGUGUAAAUAUUGA